AUGAGCAUUUCAUCGCGAUAUGAUCCAGACGACCGUAAGCAGAAACGCGUCGAUUUUACGUCAUUUUCAUCACUAGUAAUGUGUCAGAAAAAAGAUUUGGCGCUUGUUAAAGGGCUUUCAGAGGCGAAAGUUGAAAAGAUCGUUGAAGCCGCGAUGAAGUUGGAGUUGUGCAAUUCUUUCAUCAGCGGUGGCGAACUGAUAAACCGGCGAGCCAAAGUGGUGAAAAUAACGACAGGGGCACCACAACUUGAUCAAUUGCUAGGAGGAGGCAUUGAAAGCAUGUCUAUAACCGAAAUCUUCGGAGAAAAUCGUUGCGGCAAAACGCAAAUAUGCCACACACUGUGUGUGACAGCUCAGUUGCCUCGGGAGAUGGGCGGUGGCUGUGGGAAGGUUUGCUAUAUAGACACAGAGGCGACAUUUCGGCCAGAGAAAAUUUGUCUGAUUGCUGAAAGAUUCGGAUUAGAUGGUGCAGGAGUUCUUGAUAAUAUUAUGUAUGCUCGUGCUUACACAACAGAGCACAUGCACCAGCUAUUUACGGUCGCUGCAGCAAAGAUGAGCGAGGAGAAAUUCGCUCUUCUUCUCGUUGACUCCAUAAUGGCGCUGUUUCGAGUCGAUUACAGCGGCAGAGGCGAACUGGCAGACAGACAGCAAAAGUUGAAUAAAAUGCUCAGCAGUUUAACGAAGAUGUCAGAGCAAUACAACAUAGCAGUUGUCUUAACAAAUCAAGUCAUGUCAGACCCUGGAGGUGGACUGACGUUCGUUGCAAAUCCGACCAAGCCGAUCGGAGGACAUGUGCUCGGCCAUGCAUCCACCACUCGACUGUCACUGCGGAAGGGCAAAGGGGACCAGCGGAUAUGCAAGGUGUACGAUGCCCCCAAUUUGGCGGAAUCUGAGUGCAUAUUUCAACUGUAA